GUGUGUAGACGUAUACAGAGGAGUAGGAGGUCUCACUGCACAGUGUGCACAGUGUGUGUGACUGCUCGUUCAGGACAUAACCAUGGCAGCAAUGUGUCUGAAGUGCUGGAUUUAAUGAGCUCCGAGGGUAAGAUCCGAGGAAGAUCACAGACAGCUGGGUAAAGGAUCUUCAUGGAAUGUAGAAAGAUAUAAGGUGGAUCAUAAGAGAGAUCGUUCACCUGCCAGCUGUAGAAGUUUCCAUUCGGUCAGUAAGAAAGAGAGCACACAGCAAUGUCUGUGCAGGUGGUUGCAGUGGCCGGUGGUGUGAUUGGAGGUGUCCUUUUCCUGCUCCUGGUUGGCGUUUGUAUCUACAUCUUGUGGAAAAAAGUCUGUAUUGGUCCACCAUACGAAGAGCUUCACAACGUGGCCACGCCCACACACACAGAUACCAUUACUGCGGAUCAGAUGAUGACAUCAUCGGUGGGCCACAACAAAGAUAACGGGAAUAAAGGUGUUCCCUUUAUUUUGCCUCCCAAGUUCCAUGGACGAGAUUGGGUGGAUUUACAGAAUGGAGAGCGAAUUCAGGCGGACAGUGAACCCUAUAUUGCCCCUGGUAUCCUUCCUCGGUCAUCUUUCUGUUCAAUGGGGGGAGCAUAUGUUUUGGGCUCCAUCAAUCCUGAUUUGUACAAAUAUCCAGAUGACAAUGAAGAAACCGAUUUUCCCAAGGGUAACAUUGGUCGUAUUUGGUUUGCAGUGGAGUAUGAACAUGAGACAGAGAGACUUGUGGUCUCCCUGAUCAAAGUGAGGAACCUCCAGCUCAACUCUGAUUCAUGCAACCCCUUUGUCAAGAUCCAUCUCCUUCCAGAUGAACGGCGCUAUCUACAGUCUAAAGCAAAGCGCAAAACUGCGAACCCACACUUUGAUGAAAACUUUGUGUUCCAGGUUUCUAGUAAAACAGUGCAUCACAGAACACUGAGGUUUUCCAUUUAUCAUGUGGAUAAAAUAAAGAAACACCAUCUACUGGGGCAGGUGCUGUUCCCUUUGAAAAAUGAAAAUUUGACAGAUGAUGGGAAGCUUGUUAUUUGGAGGGAUCUAGAAGUUGAAAACAUGGAGCCUCCAUCAGAGUAUGGAGACAUCCAGUUCUCUCUUAGCUACAAUGACUACCUGGGGCGCAUGACAGUAGUUGUUCUCCGUGCCAAAGGUUUACCAUUUCAAGUGGAGCCUGGUAAGAGCAGAUCAGCUUUUAUCAAAGUAUCUCUCAUGAAUCACAACAAGUUUAUCAAAUCUAAAAAGACUGCUGUAGUUUGUGGGUCACCCAAUCCUGUUUACAAUGAAACCUUAAGCUUCAAGUUGGAGCAGAACGAGUUGGAUACGGCAAGCCUGAGUCUGUGUGUCUUUCAGAGCAGUGAAGGAGACAAAAAUCACUUGCUGGGCCGCGUUGUGGUUGGGCCAUUUAUGUAUGCUAGAGGACGUGAACUCGAACACUGGAAUGAGAUGCUCAACAAACCAAAAGAACUGGUGAAGCGAUGGCACGCCUUAUGCAUUAGUACCUGAUGUGGAGAUCUGUUCUACCAAAAAGGACAUUCUAUGAGUUGGGGACAAAGUAGAGCAACAGUGCUGUUAUUGGAACCCUGCAAUCUCUCUGAUCGACCAUAGUGACCUACCCAUUGUUCAGACUGUGUAUAAAGAUGGACAUUUACGUAGGCUUUGUUGUAAAAUGCAAAGGAUAACUUAGCUAGUGGAUCUUAUUGUAGUAUUGAUUCAGUGUUCAUUUUAUGUGAAUUAUCGUGGUCAAAUAAAAACACAGAUAGUGAUAGUAUUUGUAAACAGCUACAAGAAAAUAAGUGAAAUACUCUAAAACAUAACAAACACACAUAUCCCUUAAUAUAGAACAAAAGUGUACAAAUCACAUAGUGCUGUGGGAUAUGUUGGCUCUUAAUGAAUCCAGUUAUUGUAAGGUGAUGAAAGACCAAUUGGUUCAUAAAAGCAACAAGGAAUCUAGCAUUGUGUAGAGAGGCAAACAUGCACAAUCCAUUAAGUAAUGGUGUCAAAACAUCAGGGAUAGCUGAAUAGUCCUGUAUAUUAUCAGUAACACACCUCUAUGGUGAUUUCGUUAUUAGUUGUUUACAAUUAAUAUUAUCAGGUUUUGUGUUUUCAUUUUACAGAAAUUUUCCAAUCUGUCCCUAAAUUUGCUCUAGCUGUUAUUGAAGAACACAUGUAUCCAAGAUGCACCUCUAUCGGAGUUUAUUGUUAAAUAUUUGGUGUUCUCUCUAUUUGCUUUUGUUACAGAUGGCGUAUAUGUAUUAAAAUACAGUUAAAGGAACAGCACACUCACAAAAACAAAAAUACCGCUGUAAAUUUUACAAGACAACUCAAAAACACCUAUCAAAAAGAAUCAGACUGCACAGAAAAAAUGGGAAUUGGGGGCACACCCACAACAU